UGGAUACUUUGUUUAUUGCGAAAAAGCUGUAACUUCGCUUAGUUUAGUAUAGCUAUAGCUAUACGUAUUUUCUUAAUUUUUUCUUGUCUCAUGUUAGAAGAAAUAUAAAAUCAACGAAACAAAGAUACAUAGUGUGGCUAGCUUAUGGUGUUAUCGUACUGUACUUAAUUAGUGGCAUUAUUAUUGACAAUGGCAUUUUUUAGUUCGUCUAAAGUAGGAGCUGAAAUAAAGGCUCUUCGAGAAAAGUUGCACCACUUAGAAGUGUUUGACAUCCCCUUGAGUGUGACAUCAGAACUUUUGGGGGAAGGCUCCUCUGCAGUUGUUUUUGAAUAUACGCUAGGAGGAAAAAGAGGUGCAUGCAAAAAACUCAAGAGGAAAGUGUCCGAGAAGGCUAUGUUAAAGGCUGCGAAUUCUCUGCUUGACUUAAAGCAUGAGAACAUUUGCUCUUUUCAUGGAUAUUCCACCAGACCAUCAGCAAUAAUAUUGGAGUAUUGCUGUGUUGAGCUAACAGGUAAUGACGGCACUUCAAUAAGGGCACAUAAUAUGAGGGAAUUAUUAAAUUACUUCAAUGAUUAUGAAUAUUUUAAUUUUGAAGAGAGGGAAGAUUACUGCAGACAAGCAAGCAGUGGUCUAAAUUUUUUGCACUCCAAAAAUAUUAUUCACAUGGAUAUCAAACCAGCAAAUAUGUUGGUGGAUGGGACAAAUGAAAAAAUUGUGGUAAAGCUGACAGAUUUCAAUGAGUUGUCUAUCUUCAAAGAUACGUGUGUUACCACAACAACAUCCAUAGGAAAUGGAAAGUCCCUUAAAGGAACUACUUUGGCUUAUGUAGCCCCAGAACUAGUCUGUGGCAUUACAACAAAAACAAAAUAUACUGACAUCUAUGCGUUUGGUAUUUCAAUGUUUGAAAUACUUGGUGACAAGGAGCACCCAUGGGAAGGUGUUUUGAUACCUCAUGAGUCACUUUUAAAGACUGCAAUUGAAGCAGGUACUAGACCUGACAUUUCAUGCAUCCAUGGUUUGUAUGCUGAUCCUUCUAAGAUUGUUAACCUGAUUCAAGAAUGUUGGCAAUUUGAUCCUAAUGUCAGACCAGAUAUACAAAAGGUUGUAGAUGUUUUGAAAAUGUCAGACAAAGGCAAGACUUCGAAUGAUAAAAAAAGGAUUGUUAAAAUUGAGAAUGAUAAAUAUGUUGAAGCUACUGAUCAAGAAUUCUUGGAAAAAAAGGUUGUUAAUGCCGAUAAGCCUGAUUGCUUAAAGGAUUUUUCAGCGCGAGAUAACAGUUUAAGUAUAAAACAGAUUAACCAGGAUGCUGUUGAAUGUAGUAUUCCUGGAGUUGAUUUUGCAUGUGUUGAGAGGUGUGAGGUUAUAGGUGGUAAUUAUCAGAUUUCCUUAGAACCAGAAACUGAACAGGUUGAGACAUUUCAUUCUUCUUUGAAUAUUGGAGGACCCUUUAUAUGUGAAUGCAAAAGAUCGUUCAUUGUAAAAUCAAUGUACCAGAUGCAUUUAAAAAAGUGCAUAGGGGAAAAGGAAAACAGAAAUGAAGAAGGAGCACUAAGUAAAGAAAAAGAUGAAAACAAGAGAAAAAAGGAGGAAUAUAAUAAAAUAGAAGAUGAAGAAAAAGAAAAAAGGAAAGAUAGAAAAGAAGAAAAGAAAAAUGAACAAGAAGAUGCCAUAUCUACAAGAGAUUCUCCCUCCAGCUAUAAAGUAAGUUAUUAUAAGAUGUCACAAUAUAGUUUCACAUAUUAAACUUAGGAAUAAAUAUAGAAAAAGGACGAUACCAUCAUAGUCAUAAGAAAAAAGAUAGUAUGUUGGCCUGCGAUGUUCCAUCAUUUAGCAUUUAGCUAAUUAUUAAUCUGUUGCACAGACCUCCUAAAGUACACCAGAACUUCGAAAUGACUAAU